AUGGGGCUUGGAUUUAUUGUUUUUCCCAAGUACAAUCAAGCUUACAAUGAGGGUUGCUAUCUUCUUGGAAGACUAGAGAGCGCAUGCUUACUGGAAGUAGUGGGUGUUGAGGUCAAAUUACAUCACGUGGUACGUCGCAUGGUUCAUUCAAUAGCCUUAGAAAGUGGAACAAGGAUGGGAAAAUGGAUGGUAAGGGAAAACGACUACAGGGAGCUCCAAGUUUAUCCAGAUGAAAUAGAGCAAUGGAAGGAUGCAGAGCGUAUAGCAGUGACAAUGGAUCCUGUGCUAAAAGUUGUGCCGAGAUUAUCUCAUAAUUUCCCCAACCUGGUGAGUUUAAUGCUACAGGGCAAUAGUGCAUUGAUGAGGCUCCCCGAUGACAUUUUCCAACAAAUGAAGAAACUUGAAUACCUGGAUCUGUCAUCCACUGCCAUUGAUCAGAUUCCAGCCGGCAUCAAAGAUGUGGCUAAUCUCCGGUAUCUCAACAUUUCCAGGACUAAGAUUGUGACAUUACCACAUGAGUUGGCACAACUCAAGGAAUUGAAAUUCUUAAUCUGUAGGAAGCUAAAACCCUUUGAAUUGGAAGAGGGUUUGUUAUCCAGCUUGUACAAACUGGGGGUGCUUGAGCUACAACCGUUCGCAUUUGUACCAGCAAAAUAUCUAAGGUCAAGUGCAGGCAGUAUGAAAAGGAUUGGCAUGCUUGUCAAAUCUCUUGUGGUUUUCAAUCUACUAUCAGAAUUGCCAACAUGUUACAUUCAAAUAGAAGAACUGCAUGAAUUAGGAUCCAUUUCUUUUGAAUCCUUGAGUUGCAAGAAUCGUGGAUGCCUUGAAAAAUUAAAACUCACUGCAUGUAAUGAGCUAAAGGAAUUAGUGGUUGAUGGGAAUGAAAGCAACUUCAAGAAGCUACAUUUGUUGGAUCUCAAGAACCUAAACUUGAUUAACUUCAAUGGCGUGGAACCCAGAAGCUAUUUUCAGAAGUUAAGAAAGUUGUAUAUAGCCAAGUGUAAGAAUUUGAAGAAUCUUCCUUGGAUCCUACAUCUCCCUGCACUUGUUACUUUGAAAAUAGAACAGUGUGAAAUUCUGAAGGAAUUUGUCUGUUGA